AUGGACCCCAGGAAUCCGGAGGCCAUGCUCCAGACGCACUUCACUGGUGAGCGCCUCUACUCAAACCUAGUCUCGAAGAGUUUUUCACACAAUGUUACAAAAGAAUGGGAACUUGGUAACAGCCGGAAUGCGCUCUUACCUAUGAUUGGCCAUGGUAUAUUCACCCAGGAUGGCCCAGCAUGGAAGCAUUCACGAGAAAUGCUUCGUCGACAAUUCGUGCGAAUGCAGUAUCAGGAUACGUCGGUUUUUGAAGGUCCUAUCGAUGACUUGUUAGGUACUCUGCAUUCUUCAACUCCGCUCUGGUCGACUAGCCAGUAG